AGCUGGGAAGUAAAGCCUGGAGGGUUCAGAUCUGAUCUUUCCUGGACUCUCUUGGCCAUCUUGGAAGCAGCCUCUUUGAAUACCAUCAAGCAAGAGUGAGCAAGAGUUUCCCCAAUACCCUCUGGUGGACAGAGAGGAAAAUUGGAGGAAACUAGUCUCUCCUUUGGACAUCUGAGUACUUAGCUGGAUUCUUGUACCUGACCCAUCAAAGGACUCUCUGAGGAGACUGAAGCUUUCUGCUACUGCACACCAAGAAAACGAGGACAUGGCAAGGUGCUGAAGUCCGGGAAAAGUGUUCGUCUUGGUUUUUUAUUGCCUCCUGGUUCUUGCGGAAAUCCCGGAACCACACCAAGAGGGUUUAUACCUUUUAGCCCCUGAUUCAUCUGCAACAAGACAUCGAACACCAAGGGCAGAGCAACCGCGGACAGGGUGGCAGUACCUUCAGACAACUCGUAGUUAACUGGCUUGAUAAAGAGACUCUUUGAACCUUCUACAAGAAAAAGCAAGAGCUCCCCACCCCCAUCUCGGUUGCUAACUUCAAAGCGGAAUCUCCGGGGCUCUAACUUUGCUAUAAACUAGGGGUAACUAGGUUUUUGUUGGCCUCUCUCCAGAGGAAGAUGAGAAGAAACGAAUUUUGAGACUCCGUGUCUCCCGAAAGAAGAAAAGCGUGAAAUCCAGAGACCUAAGAGAUCCGGCCAGGCCCAGAUACCCUAACCUCCUCUUCCACCUUUUUCUGCAAAAAUAAUAAUAAUAAUAAAUAAGUAAAUCAGAGAGAUACAGACAGACAAAGAGAAAGACAGAAAGACAGACAGACAGACAAGGAGAGAGACAGAGAGAGAAAUCACUCUGGGGAAGAGUGAUAAUAUUUUCCCCUUUCUGUAAGGUUACCCCCUCUUCCUGCACUGCUGGGCCCUUCGUAGUUUGGGGUGGGCACAGCAGCCUGGGGUUUUCUUUCCUCCCCUCCACGGAGUUUUGGGAUCAGCUCCACCCGGCUUGUCCAAGAAGGAGGGACUCCAGCCCCUCCCCCAUCCCCAGCCCCCGGCCCCCCGAGGAGCCCGGAGUCCAUAGGGCCCCUCGGAUUCUUGGCUUCACGCUACCCUGUGAGCCUGUGGGUCCGGCCUCCGAGCUCGGCUGUGGGAUGUUAGCUGUGGGGCCUAUGGAGGGCACCCGGCAGAGCGCGUUCCUGCUGAGCAGCCCACCCCUGGCUGCCCUGCACAGCAUGGCUGAAAUGAAGACCCCGCUGUACCCGACUGCCUACCCUCCGCUCCCGACCGGGCCCCCGGCUUCCUCUUCCCCUUCUUCCUCCUCUUCGUCUUCGUCGUCCUCCUCACCCUCCCCACCUUUGGGCGCCCAUAACCCAGCCGGUCUCAAACCCCCGACCUCAGGGGGACUCUCGUCUUUGGGCAGCGCCCCCCAGCAGCUCUCGGCUGCCACCCCGCACGGCAUCAACGACAUCCUGAGUCGGCCCUCUAUGCCCCUAACCUCCGGGGCCUCCUUGCCCUCCGCCUCGCCCUCCGGCUCCUCCUCUUCUUCCUCCUCUUCUGCCUCCUCUUCUGCCUCCUCCUCUGCCUCCUCUUCCUCAGCCGCGGCUGCUGCGGCCGCCGCCGCGGCCGCCGCAGCUGCCUCCUCCUCGGCUGGGCUCCUGGCUGGUCUGCCUCGCUUCAGUAGCCUUAGCCCCCCGCCGCCUCCCCCUGGCCUUUACUUCAGCCCUAGUGCUGCCGCGGUGGCGGCUGUUGGCAGGUACCCCAAGCCCCUGGCGGAGCUGCCUGGCCGUACCCCCAUCUUCUGGCCUGGGGUGAUGCAGAGUCCUCCAUGGAGAGAUGCCCGGUUGGCUUGUACCCCUCAUCAAAGUUCGAUUUUGCUGGACAAAGAUGGGAAGAGGAAACAUACGAGACCUACAUUCUCAGGACAGCAGAUCUUCGCCCUGGAAAAGACUUUUGAGCAAACAAAGUACUUGGCGGGACCUGAAAGAGCGAGGCUGGCUUAUUCUCUGGGGAUGACGGAGAGUCAAGUCAAGGUUUGGUUCCAGAAUCGUAGGACCAAGUGGAGGAAGAAACACGCAGCCGAGAUGGCCACAGCCAAGAAGAAGCAGGACUCCGAAACCGAGCGGCUGAAGGGAGCCUCGGAGAAUGAGGAGGAAGAUGAUGACUACAACAAGCCGCUGGACCCCAACUCCGACGAUGAGAAAAUCACCCAGUUGCUGAAGAAACACAAAUCUAGCAGCAGCAGCCUGCUGGUGCACACGUCAGAGAAUGAAAACUCCUCUUAAAGCGGCCACUGCGCAGUCCGGAGCAUCCCAUGCUACUCCGCCAACAAGUCACAUCAUCCGCUGAUUUCACCCCAUCCCAGCCCAAUCUUAUCCUGUCCAGUCCCUAGUGGUGAGAGUGUAAGCCCCCAACGCACUUACCGCACCCUCCUACGCACACACUCACUCAUAAACCAACAAACGCUCCCAGAACCUCCCACCCACUUCGGCCAGGGUGGAGCUAGACUGGCCAGCUAGCAAAAGAGCAGAGAGGAUGGGACCCGGCCCAGCGACCUUGCUUUGCCGGAUCUCCGCCUCAGGACGCCCCAAGUCUUCAACCUCCCCAACCCUCCCAAGAGCACUGAGGACUCAACUCUGAUUAAGGGAGGACAUUUGCUAUUUUCUGAGAUGUAUAUGUAUAUUUUUCUAAACUCUAUAAGUGACGGGAAGAGACUCGGAGACAUCAAAACACGCAAAGCAAAUAAACAAAUACCCCGAACCAAUCCCCACUGUCACCCUCUGGACCUUUUUCUCCCACCCUGCGGCUCUCUGCCCCCGCGCCCUUUCCUAGGCUCUUACUACUGUUUGUUCCAGACGAGCUGGGAGGGAGUGGGAGAAGGAAGUGCUGUUAUUGUAGGGGAGCCGCCUGCAGCGCCUGGGCCCUUCUGCAGGGACCACCGAGUCGAGCCAGCUGCAUAAUGGGAUGGGAAGAGGGACCGGUUCUCAGCCACAAACUGCAGUUGCAACUAAAGUAACGUGUUGAAGGAUCUUUGUAAAUAAAUCGUGAGUCAUACUGACUAGAAGUUCAUUUUAUUGCGAAUAUUUAAAAUGUAAAGCAUCUUUUUUUUGUAUAAAAGUAUGUUCUACCUGCCCUCUCUGAAUUUAAGAUGUGUCCCAAUCUCACGUUCCCUGUUAGUUUUGAGUGUUUUUAAGGUAUAUCAAAGAGGAGCGUCCCCACCUUGUUUGCUUUGCCCUUUUUAUAUUUGACUACUGCCUCUAAAGUUUCUCCUUUCCUUAUCCCUCUUGUUCUCUUUAAAUUUGCUCUACGAUAUCUCUCUCUCUGUCUCUGUCUCUGUCUCUGUCUCUCUCUGUCUCUCUCUCUGUCUGUCUCUGUCUCUGUCUCUCUGUCUCUGUCUCUCUGUCUCUGUCUCUGUCUCUCUGUCUCUCUCUCUGUCUCUCUGUCUCUCUCUCUGUCUCUCUCUGUCUCUCUGUCUCUGUCUCUGUCUCUCUGUCUCUCUGUCUCUCUCUGUCUCUGUCUCUCUGUCUCUCUCUCUCUCUCUCUCUCUCUCUCUCUGUGUCUCUCUCUGUCUCUCUCUCUCGUCUCUCUCUCUGUCUCUCUCUGUCUCUCUCUCUGUUUCUCGUUUUUUCCCGUCAUUCUCACUGUGUCUCCCUAUCUCGCCCAGGCUGGAACCGAAGCGACCACUCAUGGCUCCAUCUCAUUGCUGAUAGCUAUAGGAGCUUUGACCUCGGUUUCCACCUCGCCUCUUCUUAGUCAACACCUAAGCCCUUACUUUACCGGGACCAGACUUAGUUGGGACACCUACCAAUUUUUUAGCCCUAUUGCAGGUCAGAAUUCUCGAGGUCAAGCGAUCUACCAGCCUCAGCCUCACCAGCAGCAGGGUAACAGGCAUGUGUAUACCAAAGGAUGGUUGCAUCCCUGCCAAGGUUCCCAAUCUUAUGGACAUCAGUUACGAGAUGGAGUCCAGCUAUAGCUGAGGAUUGCUCAAUCUCUGAUGGGUCACAGCCUUGUUCCUCUUAUUCCAUUCUGAAAACAGAUGUUGGUUUGUUGCUAUUUAUUAGUGCUUUUUUUUUAAGGGGGAGGGGUUGAGGAAGGACAGAAUAAAAAUUGCUUGUGCUUUAAUUUCAUUCCUUUCCGAUAAAUGCGUGUUAAGGUAGAUGUUGGGAAGUGUUGCAACCACUCUCAAUCGGAAAUAUAAGAAUCCAUUUAGUUGCUGUAAUUGAAUUUGAAGUGUGUUUUUGUAUCAUAAAGAAUACUAGAGAAUAUGUAAAUUGUUUCCUUUUAAGCUAAUAAUCAUGGUAUAUUAGCAUCUUUAACCUUUAUUAAUUUAUAUAGAAUUCGGUUUGUAAAGAGAAGAAAACCUCCUUUGCUAAACCAGUUCAAUGUAAUGCACUUUCUGUUUUAAAAGGAUAAAUCAAUUAAAACCAGUUCGAAGUCGUCUGUUGCCUCUAAUGAAAGGAGGGGUACAGAUCAUAUGAUCUCAUCAGAGAUCUCAAAUAAUAAAGCUUACUGAAAGAAAAAAA